UCUUCAUUCAAGUUCUUUCAAUUUAAUUAUGGCGAAAAUUUGUCCAGAAUUAAUGUUACAACAAUCUUCUUCUCCUUCAUCGUCGUCGCCGUCGCCACCUUAUGUUACAUCUAUAAAAGAAACAUUUACUAUAUGGAUGAAAUCAUUAGUUUUCCAUGGAAAUGGUUGUACUAUUUUUAAUUCCAAAGGUGAAAUUGUUUUUAGAGUUGAUAAUUACCAAGAAAGUUGUAGAAAUGAAGUUUGUAUCAUGGAUCUCAAAGGCCAAGUUCUUUUCUCCAUUAAAAGAGAGAAACUUAGAGUAUUUGGUCGUUGGAAUGGGUAUGGAUCAUGUGGUGAAAUAAAAGGAAGGCCAUUAUUUCAAGUAAAGAGGAAUUAUGACAUUUUUUCAAGAGAAAAUGUCAUUUGUAAUUUUGGGUCAUGUGAUGAAAAUAAUGUAGGAAUUAAUUGCUACAAAAUUCAACAAUUUGAUAGAAAUUCAUCAUAUAAAGUUACAAAUUCUACUGGCCAAGUUAUUGCCCAGGUAAAACAAAAGCAAUCAUCAAGAGGAUUUGGGUAUGGUGAAGAUGUGUUAACUCUAGAAGUGGAACCCAAUGUAGAUCACUCACUAAUUGUGGCUCUUGUAACAGUGUGUGGAUUGAUACAUGGCAAAUUAUGAACAAAAUUAUGUUGAUGACAAUAAAAUA